AUGCCUCGCGUGGAGGGAUUCAUGCCCCAUCCUGUGGGCACUCCUGCGCUUGCGCUCAGCGGGGCGGACUGGCGUCCCGCGAUCGCAGUGGCCGCCGCCGUGUUGCUGGCCCUCUUCGGGGGUGGCAGCUUCGAGGUGGUGGUUGCGAUCCUGGCGGUGGCGAGGACGGCCUGGGUGUACACACACCCAGGCAAGGUGGGCAAGGGCGGGCUCAAGGCGGGCAAGAUGGCGUCCUACCAGGCAGACGCCACCCAGGGCCCCAAGAGCUUCCCCCGCCACCCGUCCGGCAAGGGGGCCGUGGAUGCUGGCGGGCGCAGCCGGGAGCCCGGGCCACCGGCCCCAGUGUCGAUGGCGGCGCAGGUGCAGGCAGACGUCCACCCACUGGUGCGAUCGCCGUUCGUGACCGCAGGGACCGCCGAUCGCCAGCCGUCGGCUCGGUUGGGAAUAUACGCGAUCGCUGAUCUCGCCCUCUGGGGUCUCCUAAUGUUCGAUCUUUCGGUGACGGCUUCGGACGCUGACGUCUGGGAGGAGAUGCGGUCGAACGGUCUGACCCCGACCGUGGUGACCUACACCUCGCUCAUCGGUGCCAUGGGUCAGAGCCAGCAUCCCGAGAAGGCGUGGGAGUUCUACGAGGCCAUGAAGGCGAGCCAGAUCGAGCCCAACUACAUCACCUUCGGCAAGCUCUUGCACGCGUGCUCCCGGAGCCAGAGCGUGGACAAGGCCGACAUGGCCCUGGGCCUCUACAAGGACAUGGGGGAGCGCGGCAUCCAGGCGGACUCGUACACGUUCGGCGCCCUGAUCAGCGCGUGCAGGGACAAGUACCCCCAGAAGGUCACGGAGCUCUACGCGGAGAUGCGACGGCUCGGGGUGGCGCCCGACGCCGGCACCUACAGCACCGUGAUCAGCGCCUGCGACCGGAGCGCCCAGACGGGCAGGGCCGCCCAGGUGUUCUCUUCCAUGAAGCAGCAGGGUGGCCAGUCCCAGAGCAACCUCGGCGCGUACAACGCGAUGAUCAAUGCGUGCGGGAGGGGGGACAAGACCCUGGACGACGCCCUGGCGCUGCUGAAGGAGAUGCAGACGACGGGCCCCGCGCCCGACGCUGUGACCUACUCCACGGUGAUGAAGCUCUGCGAGCGGGCCCGCCGGCCGGAAGACGCCCUCCAGGUGUUCGAUGCCAUGUGUAAGUCCGGAUGCACGGUGGACCGCAUCUGCUGCAACUGGGCCCUGUCCGCGUGCGAGCAGCUGCGGAACGUGGAGCGGGCCCUGGCCCUUUUCGACUACAUGAAGAAGUCGCUGGCCCUCGAGCCGGACGCGAGCACCUACGGCCUGCUCAUCAGCGCUUGCGGCAAGUGCAAGUGGGGCAACAAGGCGGCCGAGCUCUUCCAGGAGCUCCAGGACAACAAGCUGGUCCCGAACCGCUUCGUUUACAACGCCAUGAUCGGGGCCUGCGGCAACGUGAAGCGCAUCGGCAUGGCGCUCGACACGUUCAGGACGAUGAAGGAGGAGGGCGUCGCGCCCGACGCGAUCACUUUCAACUCCCUGAUCAGCGCGUGCGAGAAGCGCAUGUGGCCCGAGCGCGCGACAGAGCUUCUCAGGGAGAUGGAGGAGUCGGGGCCUGCGCCCGACGUCAAGGCCUACACCGCGCUGAUGAGCUGCUGGGCCAAGAGCAAGGAGCCGGAGAAGGCUCUCGACGUGUACCGGGAGAUGAUCGGCAAGGGCAUCGAGGCCAACGCCAUCACGUUCAGCACUUUGGCGUGGGCCUGCGAGAAGAGCGGGCAAACGUCCCUGGCGAAGGAGUUCAACCUGAAGGAGGUCGAGAGCCUGCACAGCUGCAGCGCCAAGGAGAUCCGCACCAUCCGCCAGCACAGCCACAAGAGACUUUCGGACGGCAGGUCGGCGAGCACUGCGUCGCAGCUCUGCGAGCCCCCGUCCUGCCGCAGUUUGCCCCGAGGCCUGAUCAGUGUGGCCGGGAAGGCCCCGAAGAGGGCGGCUCCGGACAGCGCAGCUGGCGAAGGGCAGGACGGAUUCAUGCCCCAUCCUGUGGGCACUCCUGCGCUUGCGCUCAGCGGGGCGGACUGGCGUCCCGCGAUCGCAGUGGCCGCCGCCGUGUUGCUGGCCCUCUUCGGGGGUGGCAGCUUCGAGGUGGUGGUUGCGAUCCUGGCGGUGGCGAGGACGGCCUGGGUGUACACACACCCAGGCAAGGUGGGCAAGGGCGGGCUCAAGGCGGGCAAGAUGGCGUCCUACCAGGCAGACGCCACCCAGGGCCCCAAGAGCUUCCCCCGCCACCCGUCCGGCAAGGGGGCCGUGGAUGCUGGCGGGCGCAGCCGGGAGCCCGGGCCACCGGCCCCAGUGUCGAUGGCGGCGCAGGUGCAGGCAGAGUCUCGGGAGAGUCGCCAGGCGGACGGGAGACGUCAUGCCAUUUGCCAGGGGUACGUCCGGACGAUCACGGAGCACGCCAAGAACAAGCGAUGUGGCGAGGCCUUGGAGCUUCUGGACGACAUGCGGCGGCGCUCGGUCCCCCCGAACACGAGCGUGUACACGGCCCUGAUCAGCGCAUGCGACAAGGGCAAGCAGCAAGAGAGGGCGAUGGAGCUGUUCGACGAGAUGAAAGCGCAGCAGUGUACCCCGAACGCUGUCACUUACAACGCACUCAUCAGCGCCUGCGGGCGGGGCAGCCACCCUGAGAGGGCGCUCGAGGUCUGGGAGGAGAUGCGGUCGAACGGUCUGACCCCGACCGUGGUGACCUACACCUCGCUCAUCGGUGCCAUGGGUCAGAGCCAGCAUCCCGAGAAGGCGUGGGAGUUCUACGAGGCCAUGAAGGCGAGCCAGAUCGAGCCCAACUACAUCACCUUCGGCAAGCUCUUGCACGCGUGCUCCCGGAGCCAGAGCGUGGACAAGGCCGACAUGGCCCUGGGCCUCUACAAGGACAUGGGGGAGCGCGGCAUCCAGGCGGACUCGUACACGUUCGGCGCCCUGAUCAGCGCGUGCAGGGACAAGUACCCCCAGAAGGUGACGGAGCUCUACGCCGAGAUGCGACGGCUCGGGGUGGCGCCCGACGCCGGCACCUACAGCACCGUGAUCAGCGCCUGCGACCGGAGCGCCCAGACGGGCAGGGCCGCCCAGGUGUUCUCUUCCAUGAAGCAGCAGGGUGGCCAGUCCCAGAGCAACCUCGGCGCGUACAACGCGAUGAUCAAUGCGUGCGGGAGGGGGGACAAGACCCUGGACGACGCCCUGGCGCUGCUGAAGGAGAUGCAGACGACGGGCCCCGCGCCCGACGCUGUGACCUACUCCACGGUGAUGAAGCUCUGCGAGCGGGCCCGCCGGCCGGAAGACGCCCUCCAGGUGUUCGAUGCCAUGUGUAAGUCCGGAUGCACGGUGGACCGCAUCUGCUGCAAUUGGGCCCUGUCCGCGUGCGAGCAGCUGCGGAACGUGGAGCGGGCCCUGGCCCUUUUCGACUACAUGAAGAAGUCGCUGGCCCUCGAGCCGGACGCGAGCACCUACGGCCUGCUCAUCAGCGCUUGCGGCAAGUGCAAGUGGGGCAACAAGGCGGCCGAGCUCUUCCAGGAGCUCCAGGACAACAAGCUGGUCCCGAACCGCUUCGUUUACAACGCCAUGAUCGGGGCCUGCGGCAACGUGAAGCGCAUCGGCAUGGCGCUCGACACGUUCAGGACGAUGAAGGAGGAGGGCGUCGCGCCCGACGCGAUCACUUUCAACUCCCUGAUCAGCGCGUGCGAGAAGCGCAUGUGGCCCGAGCGCGCGACAGAGCUUCUCAGGGAGAUGGAGGAGUCGGGGCCUGCGCCCGACGUCAAGGCCUACACCGCGCUGAUGAGCUGCUGGGCCAAGAGCAAGGAGCCGGAGAAGGCUCUCGACGUGUACCGGGAGAUGAUCGGCAAGGGCAUCGAGGCCAACGCCAUCACGUUCAGCACCUUGGCGUGGGCCUGCGAGAAGAGCGGGCAAACGUCCCUGGCGAAGGAGUUCAACCUGAAGGAGGUCGAGAGCCUGCACAGCUGCAGCGCCAAGGAGAUCCGCACCAUCCGCCAGCACAGCCACAAGAGACUUUCGGACGGCAGGUAG